UGUAAUCUAUUCAUGCCACCUCAACCUUCAAUCAACGUCAUCAAGGAGCACAAUAAGUAAUUAAUAAUGUCAGGGCCACCCUUGGGUAGAGUAACUUCGGAGGAAGUAAUCCUGGGCAAACGGGGAUAUACACUGGAUAAAUUGUUAGGAGAGGGUUCAUAUGCAAAAGUUUAUCUGUCGGAAUUCAAGGACAGCAAAUCAGGAAGAACUCAAAAGCUUGCAUGCAAACUUAUCAAUGGCGCUGCAGCUCCGAAGGACUUUCUCAAAAAGUUUUUCCCCAGAGAAGUGGAAAUUAUGAGUCGGGUGAACCAUCCUUAUCUGAUCCGAGUGCACAGCAUUCUCCAAAGAAAAAACAAGUACUUUCUCUUUAUGCAAUUCUGCGAGAAUGGAGACCUGUUGGACUUUAUCAGGACCAACGGCGCCAUUGACGAGAAGCAAAGUCGGCAGUGGUUCUCUCAACUCAUUAGGGGGCUCAAAUACCUUCACGACAGAGACAUUGUUCAUCGAGACCUUAAGUGCGAAAAUGUGCUCCUCACCUCGUCCUACAACAUUAAACUGUCUGAUUUUGGAUUCGCGAGGUAUUACCAUCAAGAGAAAGAUCCAAAGUCAGAAACAUUUUGCGGAUCGGUCUCCUACGCGGCGCCUGAAAUUAUUCGAGGUGUCCCAUAUGACCCAAGACUUUCAGAUAUUUGGUCGGUAGCCGUCAUUCUCUUCAUCAUGCUUAAUAAGGGGAUGCCAUUUGAUGAUGGGAGUUUGAGAAAGCUGUACGAGAAUCAAAUGACAAGGUCAUGGAAAUUUAGAGCUAAGGUGAAGGACAAACUCACGCUGGAGGUCAAAUCGUUCAUGUACAAACUUUUAGAACCGGUUGCCGAGAAGAGGAUGCCUCUAGAAAAGAUGUACGAGGACGCCUGGUUUUGCAUGGAGUCUGACCCAAUGCCCAGCUCCAGAAUUUCUCAGGUCGAUGCGGCCACAACGACCGGGGCUGCGAUGAGGGGAAGUGUUUUCCUGAACGCACCCGCCCACCAUAAUUACACGCAAGAAGAGGGGGUGACCAUCAUGGACGCCGACACUGAAGCAAUAACUUUCUCUAGGCAAGUUUUUCCACUCCCAGGCACGUCUGCUGAGACGGAGAAGAGGCAGAGUGGUGGUGGCCCCGUUGAAAAGUCAGAUAAGCCCAGUCGAAGAAGUAAACCACCAGCGGAUGACGAUGCGGAAAUUCCUUUGACAGGAGUUUGGAGCAAAGCAGGGCGUCUAAGUCGGGACGAAGAUGAGGAGAAGAGAAAAAGUAAAUGAAGAAAAUAAAAGUCAGGCACACACAGUAACAAAAAUAGCUACCAUAUUUUUAUUGUCCGUUAAAACAGAAAAUUAAAAUCAUGAUGACAGUAGUUGAUGUCUUGCUA